CCCGGCCACCUCCUCAGACGCGCAGACCCUCGGCGAGCCGCUGGGCGAGGUGGAGGUGAGGGCGGGCGCCAGCGAACUCGGAGAGGGGCUCGCUCACUCCCAGGCGAUCCCAGCUGCCGCCGCUCCAGCCGCAGCACCCGCCGCCGCCGCCGCCGCCACCGCCGCCGCUUCCUUCCUCCGACUCCCCUCGAGAGGCUGGCCAAGCGGGUGUCGCCGCUGGGAGAGUAGGGGAACCCAGCGAGGACAAGAGCGAGGCUGCCGCCUCCCACUCCGGCUGUCCAGCCGUCCCUGCCUCGCCCGCGUGUCUGUCCCGGGUGCCGGGCGCGGAGGGUCGGGGUACGCCGCUGAGAUCGCAGCGCUGCCGGGGGCACAGUGGGAUGCCCAAGGCAAGUCUUGCCUUUGAUUAUUACUAUUAUUACUACUACUACCACUAUCGUUAUUAUUAUUCACUUACGCUUGGCUUUCGGGAAAUACUCGCGAUGUUGUAGGAUAAAGGAAAUGACACUUUGAGGAACUGGAAAGCACAUAGAUGCGUUUUGUUUUUGAGAGGAAACCCGUGCCCUCUUGCCGGCUUGUUCCCUCUUGGCUGAUUCCGAGCGCUACCCUCCUCCUGACCAGGUGGGAAUUCCAGCAAGAAGCAAGGUGAAGACGGGCCGCCCGGGACCCCAGGAAGGAAACACUCACUGACCAUUAGAAGCCUGUGCAGAAGACAUUGAAAGCGAGAAAAUAGGAGAGAGGAGAAAAAACACAAAGACUUAUAAUUACACAAGAAUCCUAUAAGCCCAGCCCUGGAGAAAGCCUGUCUCACCAAAAUGGAUAUGGUUCCACUCACCUGGGUUUUCUUAGCUCUCUACUUUUCAGGACAGGAAGUGAGAGGCCAACCAGACCCACCCUGUGGAGGCCGACUGAAUUCCAAAGAUGCUGGCUACAUCACAUCCCCGGGGUACCCCCAGGACUAUCCCUCCCACCAGAACUGCGAGUGGGUCGUCUAUGCCCCAGAGCCCAAUCAGAAGAUCGUCCUCAACUUCAACCCUCACUUUGAAAUCGAGAAACACGACUGCAAGUAUGACUUCAUUGAGAUUCGGGAUGGGGACAGUGAAUCUGCGGACCUUCUGGGCAAGCACUGUGGGAACAUCGCCCCGCCCACCAUCAUCUCCUCCGGUUCUACGCUCUACAUCAAGUUCACUUCUGACUAUGCCCGACAGGGGGCAGGCUUCUCGCUGCGCUAUGAGAUCUUCAAGACAGGCUCUGAGGAUUGUUCCAAAAACUUCACCAGCCCCAACGGGACCAUUGAGUCCCCUGGCUUUCCUGAGAAGUACCCACACAACUUGGACUGUACCUUUACCAUCCUGGCCACACCCAAAAUGGAGAUCAUCCUGCAGUUUUUGACCUUUGACCUGGAGCAUGACCCGUUGCAGGUGGGAGAGGGAGACUGCAAAUAUGAUUGGCUGGACAUCUGGGAUGGCAUUCCCCACGUUGGCCCUCUGAUUGGCAGAUACUGUGGAACCAGAACACCAUCUGAGCUCCGUUCGUCCACGGGGAUCCUCUCCCUGACCUUUCACACGGACAUGGCAGUGGCUAAGGAUGGUUUCUCUGCACGUUACUACCUGGUCCACCAAGAGCCACUGGAGAACUUUCAAUGCAAUGUCCCUCUGGGAAUGGAGUCUGGCCGGAUUGCUAAUGAGCAAAUCAGUGCCUCAUCUACAUAUACUGAUAAAAGGUGGACCCCUCAACAGAGCCGGCUCCAUGGUGAUGACAAUGGCUGGACCCCCAACUUGGAUUCUAACAAAGAGUAUCUUCAGGUGGACCUGCGUUUCCUCACUAUGCUCACAGCCAUUGCAACCCAGGGAGCAAUUUCCAGGGAAACCCAGAAUGGCUACUAUGUCAAAUCCUACAAGCUGGAGGUCAGCACUAAUGGGGAAGACUGGAUGGUGUAUCGGCAUGGCAAAAACCAAAAGGUAUUUCAAGCCAACAACGAUGCAACAGAAGUGGUUCUGAACAAACUCCAUACACCACUGUUGACGAGGUUCAUCAGGAUCCGCCCUCAGACCUGGCACUCAGGCAUUGCCCUCCGGCUAGAGCUUUUUGGCUGCCGGGUCACAGACGCCCCCUGUUCCAACAUGCUGGGGAUGCUUUCAGGCCUCAUCGCUGACUCCCAGAUCUCUGCCUCCUCCACCCGUGAGUACCUCUGGAGCCCCAGUACUGCUCGCCUGAUCAGUAGCCGCUCCGGCUGGUUCCCUCGGAUUCCUCAGGCUCAGCCAGGUGAGGAAUGGCUUCAAGUGGACCUGGGAGCACCCAAGACAGUGAAAGGUGUCAUCAUCCAGGGAGCUCGUGGGGGAGACGGCGUCACUCCGGUGGAAGCCAGAGCAUUUGUGCGCAAGUUCAAAGUCUCCUACAGCCUAAACGGCAAGGACUGGGAAUACAUCCAGGACCCCAGGACCCAGCAGCCUAAGCUAUUUGAAGGGAACAUGCACUAUGACACCCCAGACAUCCGAAGGUUCGACCCCGUCCCUGCGCAGUAUGUGCGGGUGUACCCAGAGAGGUGGUCGCCGGCGGGCAUUGGGAUGCGGCUGGAAGUGCUGGGCUGUGACUGGACAGACUCCAAGCCCACAGUAGAGACACUUGGGCCCACAAUAAAGAGUGAAGAGACCACCACCCCGUAUCCCAUCGACGAGGAAGCCACAGAGUGUGGAGAGAACUGCAGCUUUGAAGAUGACAAGGAUUUGCAGCUCCCUUCAGGAUUCAAUUGCAACUUUGAUUUCCCUGAGGAGCCCUGCAGUUGGAUGUAUGAUCAUGCCAAGUGGCUCAGGAGCACCUGGACCAGCAGCACCAGCCCCAAUGACCGGACAUUCCCAGAUGAGAAGAACUUCUUGAGACUGCAGAGUGAUGGCCGACGAGAGGGCCAGUAUGGGAGGCUCAUCAGCCCACCUGUGCACCUGCCGCGGAGCCCCGUGUGCAUGGAGUUCCAGUACCAAGCCACAGGUGGCCAUGGGGUGGCGCUGCAGGUGGUGCGGGAAGCCAGCCAGGAGAGCAAGCUCCUCUGGGUUAUCCGAGAGGACCAGGACGGCGAGUGGAAGCAUGGGCGCAUCAUCCUGCCCAGCUACGACUUGGAGUAUCAGAUUGUGUUUGAGGGAGUGAUAGGAAAAGGACGUUCGGGUGAGAUUGCCAUUGAUGACAUUCGGAUAAGCACUGAUGUCCCGCUGGAGCACUGCAUGGAACCCAUCUCAGCUUUUGCAGUGGACAUCCCAGAAAUACAUGGGGGAGAAGGCUAUGAAGAUGAAAUUGAUGAUGAUUAUGAGGUGGACUGGAGCAACUCUUCUUCGCCCACCUCAGGAGCUGGUUCCCCCUCGGCUGACAAAGAAAAGAGUUGGCUGUAUACACUCGAUCCCAUCCUCAUCACCAUCAUCGCCAUGAGCGCACUGGGCGUCCUCCUGGGAGCCACCUGUGCAGGGCUCCUGCUCUACUGCACCUGUUCCUACUCGGGCCUCAGCUCCCGAAGCUGCACCACACUAGAGAACUAUAACUUCGAGCUGUAUGACGGCCUCAAGCACAAGGUCAAGAUGAACCACCAGAAGUGCUGCUCGGAGGCAUGACAGAUUGCACCUGAAUCACACCUGACAUUUCAUUCCAGUGAGAGGGGCUGGUGAAGAUUACAUUCCCCCCCCCCCUUUGGAAACUGAAUGCCAUAAUCUUGAUCAAACCGAUCCAGAAUACCGAAGGUAUGGACAGGAAAGACAGGAGAGUCUAGGGAGGAAAGGAGAUGCGGCCAAGAUGGAUGGGAACUGUCACUCAACUAGGACUGCAGUGGCCAAGUCUUUGCAGAAAGGGGACCAGGUUUUCUGCUGGGACAAAGACAGGAGCUCAUCUCUUUGGAGUCACAGUUCUAUUUUGUUUGUGAGUUUAUUAUUAUUAUUAUUAAUUAUUGUUAUGAUAUUUCUUUGGUCUGUGAGCAACUCAGAGGUAGAAGAGAAUGACUUCCCACAGAAAAAGAACAGGAAUUAGAAUUCUCCAUUUUCUCUCUCUAAUCAACACUUGAAAAGCAAGGGGUCUUUUCAGCCUUUCCAUCUUCAGAAAUAAAUCUGAAAUAAAGCAAAACUCCAGGCCACCCACUUGUCCCAUCCAUCCUCUGAUGGUCUCACAACUUGAGGAGUUCGCUGUGGUGGGUGUAGUUUCUUCCAAGCCAACCCUACAAGCUGCCGUUUCCAGUCCUAGUCUUGAAGUAGGAUGUUGUUGCCUUUAACUUUUUUUAUCCAGGGGAAAAAUUGCCAUUUCGAGGGUCAGCUUAAACAGCUCUUUCUUAUAUACCAUUUAAAACAAACCGAAAAGGAAACUUCACCUGUCAAAAUCCAUAGAUACACUUCCAUGUUAGAAGCAGACUAGCCUUAAAAUGCUUUAUGAAUAGGAGCCAUUCCUUGAUCUCGAGUUCUAGACCCAGAGUUUGUGGCUGUGGGGUCUCCUUUGUAGAGUCUCUGCUGGUGGUUUUUGCCUUUUCUUUUCUCUUUUCCUUAUGCUUCUUAAACAUAUACAUAGUCACACAUGUGUACAGCACAUACACACGUGCAUGCAUGCACACGCGCGCACACACACAUUUUUCAGAUUUCUAAGUGCCAGGAAAUAGUACCCUUGGAUAGUCUCAGAGGCAAGGUAGAAAGAGACAGGUUCUUGGCAAUUUUCCUCCAUCAGUGAGAUGUGGUAAGCACUGACCAUAGAAUAGAAGGGAGAACAGGGAAGAGAUGCUCAGCUUCUAUGAUCAUCUGAUGGGAAAGGCUGAGCAGUGGGUGCAGUCUGACUCUAACCAGAGGUCUGCAAACACAGUGAAUGACCCCACACUGCUUCAACACCAGAGACUGAGACUCCCAUACACCCUUGUGUGUGUACACAUGCAUAUACAUCCAUCCACCAAUUUAUGUGUUUUUUAUUAAGUGCCUUGGAAAAAAAUGAAGGGAAAAAAGAACAAUGUAUUUUCCCUCUUUGUAGAAAUCAUCAAUAGCUUACAAGUUAAGGCAUUCCUCCUUCCCUAAUCCCAGUGGCUCCAUUCCUGGUACCCAACUCUCCACUGGCCCUACUAAUGGAAUGAGCUGUGCUACUUCAGGGUGGUACAGCCCUAGAUGCCUCUCAACGACUCCUGAAAUGGAGGCAUCAGGAAGAGAAUGGAACUAUAUGAAGGAUAAGAUUGUCCACAUCAAGAUCCCAAUCUCGACUUUGUAUUAAUGCCUAAGGAUUGCCUGCGUGCUGGAAACAUGUUUUAAAUCCACCCAGUAUACCCAGCCAACUGGCACAACCAUGCUAAACUGUCAGGCCAAUGUUGCUGCUAUGAUCAUCUACAAUUUUCAUUUGUUUUCUACCCAGGUGAAAGGGGUAGGGUGAAUGGGACUGGCUGGUUCCUUUAAUUU